AUGCGCUGGGGCACCACCGUACCACUUCUUGUGGUCAUAGGAAUCGAGCAUGCCUUUGGAUCUCAUCAUCAUCAUGACAUACAUCACCAUUUACACCUCAAGCCUCAUGAGCAACAAUUAGAGCCCCGGGGCGUAGACUGGGCUGACCGCAUCCCAGCGAACAGCAUGUUGGAGACUCGCACCAUUACAACAACCGUCUUCACGGACUGCGUGGCAACGAACACCAUUGACCCUUUCACUACCACAAUCCUCGCGCAAUUAAUACAUGUCCCAAAUAAUGGAGCCGACACAGUCGAUGCCUACACAGUCAAUGCCUGCACAAUCGAUGCCCACGCAGUCGAUGCCCACGCAGUCGAUGCCUACACAGUCAAUGCCUACACAAUCGAUGGCAACACAGUCAAUGCCCACGCAGUCGAUGCCUACACAGUCAAUGCCUACACAAUCGAUGGCAACACAGUCAAUGCCCACGCAGUCGAUGCCUACACAGUCAAUGCCUACACAAUCGAUGGCAACACAGUCAAUGCCCACGCAGUCGAUGCCUACACAGUCAAUGCCUACACAAUCGAUGGCAACACAGUCAAUGCCCACGCAGUCGAUGCCUACACAGUCAAUGCCUACACAAUCGAUGGCAACACAGUCAAUGCCCACGCAGUCGAUGCCUACACAGUCAAUGCCUACACAAUCGAUGGCAACACAGUCAAUGCCCACGCAGUCGAUGCCUACACAGUCAAUGCCUACACAAUCGAUGGCAACACAGUCAAUGCCCACGCAGUCGAUGCCUACACAGUCAAUGCCUACACAAUCGAUGGCAACACAGUCAAUGCCCACGCAGUCGAUGCCUACACAGUCAAUGCCUACACAAUCGAUGGCAACACAGUCAAUGCCCACGCAGUCGAUGCCUACACAGUCAAUGCCUACACAAUCGAUGGCAACACAGUCAAUGCCCACGCAGUCGAUGCCUACACAGUCAAUGCCUACACAAUCGAUGGCAACACAGUCAAUGCCCACGCAGUCGAUGCCUACACAGUCAAUGCCUACACAAUCGAUGGCAACACAGUCAAUGCCCACGCAGUCGAUGCCUACACAGUCAAUGCCUACACAAUCGAUGGCAACACAGUCAAUGCCCACGCAGUCGACGCCCACGCAGUCGAUGCCCACGCAGUCGAUGCCUACACAGUCAAUGCCUACACAAUCGAUGGCAACACAGUCAAUGGCAACCCAGUCAAUGCCUACACAGUCGACACCAAGUCAAACUAUGCCUUCUCUAUCCGAGGUCAAGAAAUUGAAAUACACACUGUCACUGCUAGCGCCAGCCUCGUCAAUACGGCUCCAUCCGCGAACAUCACUGUCGAAACAAAGACAGACGCGACACCGCCAGUGCCUCCAGCACCAACAGUCCCUGCAAAGCUCGAUGCACCGGCAGCUCCAGGUCUCCUCCCUCUCCUUUCACAAGUCCCACAGGCACUCGAAGACGUCCCCAAGGACGUCGUCUCCGACCUCCCACUUUCAGCACUCCCAUCAUUGCCCUUGAGCCAAAUCCUGGAACCGAGCGAAUCAGCUGUGCUAGAGAUCCUCGACUGGACCGCCAUUCCUAAAGAUGGGAACUUUCUGUUCGACCGCUUUGGCGGACGGAGCAAGCCGUCGGGCAAAAAUAUCAAAUACCAGGGAAAUAUCGGAAUUCCCUGGGGAAGCAACGUUAUUUCCGUGAGUCCGACUGAGGCAUACCGCUACAAAUACGUCGUCCGCUUCACGGGCUCAAACACCAUACCCUGGACGAUCACAAUUUGGAACAAGGUCGGCCCUGAUGGCAAGAUGGAUGGGUGGUAUGGCCAUUCUGCAUUGACGUUCAUUCUUGCGCCCGACGAGACGCGGUAUAUCGCGUUCGACGAAGACUCCGAGGGAGCGUGGGGUGCGGCACCUGGAAUUAGUGGGUUGCCGGUGGAUAACUGGGGUGGAUUCACGUCGACCUGGGGAGAGUUUUCGUUCGGAGAUGGGGAGAAUGGCGGUUGGUCUGGGUGGGAUGUUUCGGCUAUCCAGGCGCAGAUUGCGCAUCAGGAUGUGCAGGGUAUGAGAAUCUGUAUGGCUGAUGAGAAGGGGUGUUCUAUUAUUACGCCUCAGGCGAAGAAGGUGGUUAAUGCUUAUACCGAGUCCGAAAGACAUAAUGAUGGUAUUGGGGGUGCGGCUUAUCCCGGGCCGGUGAGGUUGGUGGUGGAUAUUGACUACCAGGAGCAUGAAUAA